AUGGCAAUUUCGUCAUCUCUCUCACUGAGCUGGGUCUCCACUACCAUUCCUGACAAGUUUCAAUUAACUCUGCCUAAUCACAACAAUGAGUUGCCACGAGCUACCACCACUGCUUAUUUUUCUUCCAAAAACAUCACAUGCUCACCCGAGCCAGCCUCCAUUGAUGAAAGCCAUUGCAAGAGAAGGCCGCUACUCUUAGGAGUGGGAGCACUAACUACAACUCUACUUCAAGCAAGCUCCCUCUUUGCUGAAGAAAUACCGGAAAAGUACAGAGCUUUUGUUGACAAAGAAGAUGGGUAUUCUUAUUACUACCCCUAUGAUUGGAGGGAUUUUGAGUUCAGGGCACAUGACUCUGCCUUCAAGGACAGAUAUAUGCAACUGCAUAAUGUUAGAGUGAGAUUUUUACCAACAAAUAAAACAGAUAUUCAUGAAUUGGGUCCAAUGGAAGAGGUUGUUUCCGAUUUGGUUAGAUAUAAACUGGCUUCACCCAACCAGUAUGCAACUAUAUUUGGCAUGCAGGAGAGAAACAUAGAUGGGAAAAACUAUUACACCGUCGAGUAUGGACUUCAAACUCCAAACUUUGCUACCAAUUCCUUUGCAACCGUAGCCAUUGGAAAUGGGAGAUUUUACACCCUAAUUGUGGUAGCAAAUGAAAGGCGGUGGAAAAGAUACCGCAACCAGCUUAAAGUGGUAGCAGACUCUUUCAGGAUGCUUGACAUCUGA